AGAUAACAAACAGCCCCUAAAGUUCCGAGGCCGUGGCUCAACCUUUCACGGCUAAAUAGAUUAAGUUUCCUUUCAUUCUGUUUUGCCAUAUGAGAAAUUUAGUUACACUAAUCAGUGUAACUAUUCGUUCUCGACGCUAUGUAGUGGGUCUUCUCUUGUUGCUGCAGAUGUGUAUUUUGGUACUACCGUUAUUCAACAUGAAUCCUGUGCUAACAGUGAAAGAAGAUGAAUCUUUUCAAUUAUGUCCGUUGUCUUCAUUUCAAUAUGAUUAUAGGCCUGUAUAUAACCACAAAUAUGCUAUUCUUGAAACAAUUAUCUCAUACCAGCAAACCACAUUUUAGAGGACAUAUGGAGAAAACGGUGGAUUCUCGAGAGCAUCUUUACUUUAUAAGUGCAAAGCUUGUUUUGCUAGAUUUGUUGACAAAUUAGAAAUCUCUGCAUUGUAAAGACAUUUCAGGUUUGCUUGUUCUCCUUUCAAUAUGCAGCAGUAAUAUGCCAGAAAUUGGGAUCAUGAAUCGAGACGUUAAAUCCAUGGGUUGAAAAAGUAUUUAUAUGCCGCUAGCUCAACAAGGAGAUGCUACCUUUUCCAAACGAAAUCUUCACUAGGAAGUUAUUCACCGUUCCUUCACUGCCUCCUCAUCCUCUUCCAUCUCCAAGGCAAUUGACGUUUCUUUGCUCAAACUUUCUGUCGGAAGCUCAUCUUUGGUGUAUAGUACCUGAUGAAGUGAAGUGUGGUUCUCUACUAAACCAAUAUUUAAAGAUCCUCUCACCAUGUGAAAGACAAGCUGUUUUUGGUUUAAAUGGAGCCAAACUACAGAAGGGUGCACUAUUAGCACGUACAUUGGUGCGCACCACCCUCUCAAGAUAUACGCAGAGUAAAAUAAUGCCUCAAUCACUAAGGUUCAGCAAGAAUACAUAUGGCAAGCCACAGGUAGUCUGGCAGCAUGAGGAGGGCUGGAUCCCACCUUGCUUGCAUUUCAAUAUUUCACAUUCUUCCUCCUUAGUUGCUUGUGCUGUGACUGUUGAUUUGCAGGUCGGCAUUGAUGUUGAAGAUAAACAUCGCAAAUUGAAGCAUGACGUCUUAUCUUUCGCUCGCAGAUUUUUCUCCCCAAAUGAAGUAGAAUUCUUGCAUGGCACGUCGGAUCCUCUAAUUCAGCAGCAGGAAUUUGUCAAACUGUGGACUCUCAAAGAAGCAUAUGUUAAAGCUCUUGGUAGGGGAUUCUCAGCUGCACCUUUCAGAAACUUUACAGUACGACAUCAGGAGUCCAGAAUUGCUGUGGAAGUUCACUCUGAUUCUGAAAACCUUACUGAAAAUUGGCAAUUUGCUCUCCUUGAAUUACCCACUCAUUAUGCUUCCAUUUGCGUUGAAAAGGCUGGUGAAAAGGAAGGCGAUGGAAAUGACUCACUAAAGCUGAAAGUAUGGAGGACCAUUCCUUUUGUAGAAGAUGAGUGUAUUUCAGUAACUGAUGCAGUUGUAUAAAAAUAUUGUUUAUUUAUGUUAACAAAAUUGUCAAAUAUUUAUAGAAUGGCAUUUCAAUUAAAAAUAAUAUAUGCAAUCUA